AUGUCAAAUUCGCCUAAAAUCGUCUACGGGGGAUACCCAUUUGGUUUGCUUCCACAUGAGGACUCAUCCAAAAUAGUUGAAGUUUUGAAGAAGAGUGGUAUCAGAGAGCUAGAUACCGCCAGAAUUUAUCCAGGAAGCGAGAAAGCCAUCGGUGAGCUGCACUUACCCGAGCAAUUUGUGAUAGACACCAAGGCUAGGGGAUUCACUGACGGCAGCUUGACGAAAAAGGGAAUUGAAGAAUCAAUUGCAGAGUCGCUGGAUUUGCUAGGAGUUGAGAGUGUCGAAAUUUUCUAUCUUCACUGUCCCGACCGCGAUACAGAAAUCGAGGAGGAAACUAUUGAUGCGAUCAACGAAUUGCACCAACAAGGAAAGUUCAAGAAGUUUGGUCUUUCAAACUUUCCGGCCAAGGACGUCGAGCAAGUAUACAACUACGCCAAGAGUAAGGGUUACGUUCUACCAACCGUUUACCAAGGUAAUUACAAUGCCGUGGCUCGUAGAUCUGAAUCUGAGCUGUUUCCUUUGUUGAGAAAGCUCAACAUCGCUUUUUAUGCAUAUUCUCCUAUUGCCGGAGGGUUCUUAGCAAGGAGCGUUGAUGAUAUCAAGAACGGCGAAGGUAGAUUCGAUCCAAACACUCCUGUUGGGCAGAUCUAUCUCAAGUUGUACAGCAGGCCCGCACUUUUGACAGCGCUUGAUGAGUGGGACAAAUUGGCACAGAAAGUGGGCACAUCAAAAGCUCGUCUGGCCUACAGAUGGGUUGUGCAUAAUUCGGUACUCUCUGGCAAAUUUGGAGACGCCGUUAUUAUUGGAGGCAGGAACGCUGAUCAAGUUACUGACACUGCAGAAGCCAUCUCUGAGGGUCCUUUACCCGCAAACAUUGUCUCUGAGAUAGACAAGCUAUGGGAGAAAAUUAAAGAUGAAGCACCUCUUGAUAAUUACUCGUUCUGA